AUGCAUGUACUUACCUCAUAUAUGCUUAUCUCCAUAUUUUUAAUGUUGGUCGGGGGGUCGGGACCCAUUAUUGAUGAUGUACCCACGAUAUAUACUAUCUCCGCUGAACGUAUGACUCAUGUUUUCGACAUGACUAUCUUGUUCUGCACUUCAAGAUAAAUCUUUUAUGUCUCUGUAAGUUUUGCAUAGAUGCGUUUUUAAAGAGUAGCUGGGAAGUGCGUGUGUGAUUUCUGCAUGUUCGUACCAAUUCGAAUUUUCUGUUCCAUGCAAGUUUGUGACGAAAGUGAUCUAAAUAAUACAUAACGGUUGAUAAAGGCGCAAAGCCGAAAGCUCCCGAAACUGUAUUUUGUCUUUUUGAAAUUUUAUAUCUUUUGGCUAAUAUGAGAGUAAGGUUAAUAUCUCUUAUUAUACUCAUAAUGUCUCUCAAAACUGUGCUAAAAACCAUUCAAGAUAAUGAACACAAUGUUAACCAUAGAGAAGCACUGAUAAAAAGUCUCCUUCUGGCUCCAAAACUUGCAAACAACAUCGAACGAAUAUCGUUUUUAGUACAAUGCAGAAAGUCACACAUAACUCCCAAGUUCAUACAGAACGUCCUUACGAAGACCUCCUCCAUUUCAAGAUUAAGCAUGUCUUUUGAAGCUAAGAAAAGACGUUUCUCUAAAGAAAUGUUGAAUGAGGCGAUCCAAGAAGCCUUCCGUAAGCAGGCUUACCUGCUACGAGAAAAACGACGCCAAGAAGAACACUGCAACCUUCUACGACCCAACCUCUGGCCUUGGCUCCAAAGGCAGUGCGGGUUGAUCUUCGAAAAGCAGCGCGAAGAGAAUAGAACAAGACUGAUCAACAAAUUCAAUCGCCUUCUGGCCAGCCAAGCAAGUGAUAGGGCGAUAGCCACUCCUGGAACACAAGAAGCCUUCAGGAUGCAAACAGAACCCAACUCCCAGCAUCGUGGUGUCAACGGAAGCAGCUCACACGUCGAAACAAGAAGCUCCACGGGACCUCCCACGGAACCGUCCGCUUCCGCUCCUUCUGAUAACGUCAGCACCACAAACAAAACUAUGAAGAACCUUUCAAGCCUUCCAGUGGAUGCCAAUCUCUCCGAACUCCUGGACCGUGGCCCCAAGUUUGCUCUCACCCGGACAGUCACAUCUUCCGUCCUUAAGGAAGUAGAAUCGGGUGUAGAACGCGGCGUUUACGCUCUACGAUGGAAAGCUAACAUUGAAAGUAGGCGAUAUCAACAACACCACGCCAAUGGAGUGCCCACUGAUCGCCAGCAACAACAUCAACAAGCGCAACAGCAGCACCAGCUACAACAGCAGCAGCAGCAGCAGCAGCAGCAGCAGCAGCAGCAAGUGUUACAGCUGCGCCAACCUCAUCAACAAGAGGAGGAAGAACAAGUGCGGCACCAUCGUCAGCAGCAGCAGCCACCAGCAGACGUGUCAAACAGCCAAGAACGUCAACAGGAUCCUGGUGUGUUCCAGAACGAGCCAAAGCUACCUCCAUCACCGGGUCAGGCCGCGCUCAAGGUCGCUGAGCCGCAGAGCUACGGCGCCAGCAUCCUACGUCUCUUCAAAAACUACAGCUUCGUGCUGCUGGUCAUCACGUACGGCAUCAACGUGGGCAUCUUUUACGGCAUCUCCACGCUGCUCGGGCAAAUCGUGCUCGCACAGUUCCCGGGUGCCAAUGAGGACGCGGGACGAAUCGGUCUGGUGAUCGUGGCCACCGGUCUGGUCGGCUCCAUCCUGUGCGGCAUCUGGCUCGACAAGACACACCGGUUCAAGAUCACCACCGUGCUUGUCUACAUCCUGAGCGUGGCCGGCAUGCUGGCCUUCACCUUUACCCUCCCUCUGGGUCACAUCAGCGUGGUCUACAUCACAUCUGGCCUCCUGGGCUUCUUCAUGACCGGCUACCUGCCGCUGGGCUUCGAGUUCGCGGCGGAAAUCACCUACCCGGAACCGGAAGCCACCACUUCCGGUCUGCUGAACGCCUCUGCGCAGGUGUUCGGCAUUGUGCUGACAAUCACCGGCGGCUCACUGAUGUCAGCAUACGACGAGCAGGCGUGUAACCUGCUGUAUGCCGCCACACUGGUGUUGGGGGUCAUACUGACUGCGAUCAUCAAAGAAGAUCUCCGACGGCAGAGAGCUCACGAGACCCACAGUGACGGCGUCAAACUCGAGAGUACUCGGAUGCGAGAGACUGAGAGGAAUUGACGGAUUGAGGGACUGAGGGAGAAUCUGUUGGGAGGGAUUCUGAGGGUCGAGAUGGGAAGAUAACAGCGACGGUGUCAAACUGGAGAGUACUCGGAUGUGAGGGGCAAGGCUGAAACGGGAAGAAGUGUCCGUUCAGUGGUGGCUACAAAACGCACAGUGACGGUGUCAAACUAGACAAUACUUAGAUGCGAGGGCCCCAGAGUCGACACUGAAGGAGAGGUCCCACGAGGCGCCCAACUAUUGUAUGUAUAAAGAAAGAGUGUGCAUACUUGGAUGUGACCGGUAGGUACUAAGCCUGAGGGUCGACACGAGAAGAGUGUGCCCACGUGACAACAUUUGUGUCAAACUUCAGAGUACUCAAAUGUGAGGUUCGACACUUGACAGUGACACGCUCUUGUGUGUUGAAGAGGAUGUGAAGGGUGCAUGCUGAUGGGAGCCCCGAGAUCUGGUGGACAACACGUGCUGGCGCUCAAGUUUGGCAGAUGGAACUGCUGUUGGUAAACGCGUAUUCUGACUUCUGACAAAUAUGCUGAUGCUGAAUGAAGGAAUGUGUUUGUAUGCUUGUAUAAAUGUACAUAUUAGAGGUUGUCCGACCCGAGUUUGGUGAGCAAUAACACUUGUGGCCUUUAUUUGAUUUAACGGCUCAACAAACAAAGUGAGUGGAGACUGGAGAGUAUAGACCUCCUGUGUUUGCUGCGUAUGCGUAAAAAUUAGCAAGCAAGUGAGCAAAUAAUUAAACAAGGUUGUGUCAUACCAGAAGUUGUAAAAUAAAAGUAGCCAGUGC